AUGACUUCGUUCGGUGGUGUUUCUUGUCGUUUCUCACGAGAAGAGUCGACUACUGGCAUCCUUGCGCAUCUCAUUUAUAUUAACAUCAACAGUAAUUGGAUUCAUGACUUAUUUGUUGAUCGUUCGAAACUUGUUGCAAGAAUAGAGCAAGAUCAGAAAGCAAGAACCAAAACAGAAGCUGGUAGUUCCAUAUCGGUUAUAACAUCAGGUUCUCAAUCACUUGAAACUCGUAAUGCUAUUUUCAUGUGGUUUCAAUUGUUUAUCGAAGUUCUUCUUCGCAUGAAUCAUAAGUCCGAUGAUCGUGAAGAAAUAUUGAACAUGUGCAAAAAUAGUUAUAAGGGUAAUAAAAAAGAGAUGAAAAUUAUUGAUGACUUUGAAAAGAAUUAUAAAGCAGAAAAUGCUAUUUGGUGGUACACACUAGAAUCAUGUUUUCAUAAAAUACUGAAUAAAGCAUUACGAGUACAAGAUUUCGACACAUUAUUUGCUCUUCGAUUCUUUAUAGCUGAUAUUGCCAAACAGAUUAUAGAUGAGCAUAAAAAAUUCAUUCGUACAAGCGCCAAUCGACAUAAAAUUCGUGUUUAUCGUGGUCAAACGAUUUCGAACGAUGAACUUGAAUUAAUGAAAAAAAGUACUGGUGAAUUUCUCUCGAUCAAUUCUUUUUUAUCAACAAGUCAUAAGCGUUCAGUGGCGGUGAAUUUUGCUCGCACGUCUCAUAAAACACAUGAAAAUCAGCGUAUUAUUUUUGAAAUUGAGAUCGAUCUGCAUUUACAAACGAAAGCAUUUGCUAAUAUAGCUCCAAUGAGCGCAAUUAAAACUGAAGAUGAAGUAUUUAUUGAUCAUGGUUGGAGCGUUGUUUCGAAUUGA